AUGUCUCGUAGAAAUAUUCAACGUCGUCCAUCGAUCAUAUUCGUAUCAGACGAAGAGACUGAUGAGAAAAAUGAUACUGUAAUGGACACAGAAUUUUCUACACCAAUGGCACAAUAUGUUCAUUCAGAUGUAAUACAAAUAAAUGAACGACAAUCAGUUCUACCACUAUCGACACCAAUACGUUCAUCAGCUCGAAGACAGCGAACAACAACAACAGCAACAACAACAACUACUACUACAAGAUCACAAGGAUUUGAAGUGAUCGAGUUAGUAACACCAAAAAAAUCACCGACUAUUCAUUGUCAACCAAAUUAUAUACCACGUACAAUUCAUUUUUUUAAUCAACAACGUUUAUCAAUUUUACCUAAAUUUCCAACAACAGGUAAUACUACUAAUAUACAUUUAUUAUUAGCCAAUGUACCUAUGGCUCAAUUAUCAUCCGAAGAAUUGGCACGUCGUCAAACUGGUCAAUAUAAACCACUCUUUACAAUUUCAAAUUAUGAUCCGUCAGUAUCAUCAUUUAUGGUUAAUAAUUAUUAUACAUAUUUUGGUCCCAUACUUGAACGUUUCAAGGUUGAUGUAGCCAUUUUAGAUUAUAAUUAUGGACUUUUAAAAAAUUAUCUUAAAUUAUACCGUAGUGCUCGUCUACAAAUUCUAUCAACUGAGAAAUUUUCAGAAGAUCAAUUCUAUUUAAGUGAUACAGAAUUUCCACAAUUAUUUGAAUUCUUUUUACAAAUGGAUGUUGAUCUUUUCUAUAUGAAAACAUGUUCCUUUCGUGAUGCACAACCAAGAUCAAUAACAGAAGGUAUAUUUUGUUUAAACAUACCUGAUUGUCUUUAUACAAUGUCAAGAUGUGGUGAUUGUAAUUUAUGUCAACAAUCAAAUGAUAUCAAUUAUCGUCAACAAGCACCAGUCUUAUUUAAUCGUUAUGAAAGACAUCGAUUUGUUAAUGGCUAUGAAUCAAUAUUAAAUUGUCCGGCAACAUGUCAUACAAAAAAUUAUAUUUAUGUUCUAACAUGUGUAUGUGGUCAAUUUGAAUUUAUUAGUGAAACAAAAUUUGCAUUAGAUGUUCGAUUACGUGGUCAUCGUUUUAUUGGUAACAAUCUUAUACGUAAAUUUUUAGUUGGUGAAAACAAUCUUAAACAUAUUCAACUUACACAAGAACAAUCAACGCCAUUACACAAAGAAAAUAUGUUAUUAUAUCAACAUUCAAUGCAAUGUUCAGCAGCUAUACAAAUGUUUUUAAAUAGAAAUGAAGAUUAUUGGAGAUUUGUACCAUUGCCAAAUGAGCAAGCUAAUCAAGAUAAUGCUCGUUAUCAAAAUAUGCGAGCAACAACAGCAACAACAACAACAACAACAAGGACGAAUAUUCGUCCAAAUCAGACUAUUGAAAAAUAUCUUCAGAAUAUAAGAAAACCACCACAAGGAUAUAAAUUUUCAAAACGUCAAAUAGAACAACAAAUUGAAUUCUUUGAAAAAAAUAUGAUUAAAAAUCCAUUUCAUGAACAGAUUGAUAUUUAUCAUGCAGCUAUUAUUGCUGUUUUACCACCAAA